AUAAGAACAGGCUGUGGCAGUGGGACACGAGGCAGGAGCCCAUGAGCCUCUUUGGGGUGAAAAAGAGAACUUGUAUUUGGCAGGAGAUGAAUUAAAAUGCAGCACACCACGUGCACAGAGGACAGGAUCUACCACGCACUGGAAAGAUGUCUACACGGGCUUAGCAGAGAUGCUGUGUCCAGCAGAUGGGCUGCAGGGCUAUGCCUGAACUGCUGGAGCCUGCAGGAGCUGGUGAGCCGAGACGCUGGCAACUACCUCAUUCUCGUGGAGAAGAUCCUUGGCAAGACCAAAGAGGUGCAGGAGAAGUGCGACUACGACCUGGUGACGCCCCUGGCUCUGCUCUUCUACUCCGCCGUCCUCUAUGCUCCUCACUUCCCGCCGGGCUCCGACCUGCUCCUGAAAGCUGCCAGUGUGUACCACAGCUUCCUGACCUGGCCUGUGCCCUACUGUGACAUCUUCCGUGAGCUGCUCACCUUCAUCAGCAAUGAGCUGAGGGCCCCUGGGAUCACUUUCCAGAGGCUGGUGAGGACAGAGCAGGGGCUGCCUGUGAAGAACUACCAGAGCUCCACUGUGACGGUGCUGCUGCUCAACCGCUCCGAGGUGCAGAGUGAGUUCCUCUCCAUCGCCGAGAAGCUGAGUGCCAGUGAGCACCCCCAGCACGCCACGCUCGUCCUGCUCCUCGAGCACCUCUACCAGGCCAACUUUGGCACCUGCUGUGACCUGGACAGCCUGCACCACCUCCUGAAGUCCAAGACGCUGGAAGAGCUGUCGGAGAUCUACUCCAGUGCCGCUGACGCGCAGGAGGUCGCGGCCGCCAGCAGCGACCCCGGGCUGGCCCGGGAGCGGCUCCAGGCUGUGCUCAGGGACAUCGCUGGGGCCGCCUCCUUUCCUGCCAUCACGGGUGAGGCUCAGCCCCACAAGCUCCACACCAUCCCCAUCCCUGCUGCCCGCUGCUACACGUACAGCUGGGACCAGGAUAACUUCGAUAUCCUCAAUGAUGUCCUCAGCAAGGAGUGCAGCGGUGUUGAGCCCAUGGCCUCGGAGAACGAGGAGGAGGAUGAAGAGGAGGAGGAUGUGGAAACCGACAGCUGCUCCCCUGAGCGGGACUCGCUGCUUUCCCCCCUCUGUGCCAUUUCCAGUGACUGUGUGUACUCUGUGCUCUCAGAGGAGGGAUCUAAGCCCUCACGAAUGUCCCUCUUCACCUCCUCCAAGGACUCCAUCUCGGAGCUGACAGUGGUCUCCAGAAAGUCCCUGAAGUCGUUCGUCUCCAGCCUGAAGGACUGCAUGGACAGCGGGUACGCAGAGGACAGCGACGAGAGCUCCCUGGACGUGGUGGGGAGGACGGAGCUGAAGGCGGAGAAGACCCACCACAAAUACAGGCAAACACUGACGACCAAGAUCUACAGAUUGUUCAAGAGCAAAAGCCAGCUGGUGCUGAGGAGGGAGCUGAAGGACUGCCCGGGCACGGGCUCACUGUCGCUGCGCCGUGCCGAGAGCCUGUGCGCAUCCCAGGCCCGGCUGCGCGUCCCGGCGCGCUCCCGGCGCGCGCACUCGCUGCCGCAGCACGUGCUGAACCAGCACCUGCCGGCCCCGCUGGCCCCACGGCACCUCAGCCUGCCCCGGCGGCCCUUCCUCAGCUACGACGAGGACACCAAGCUGUCCACCCUGCGUGUCGUGGUGUUCGGCUCCGACCGCAUCUCGGGGAAGGUGGCCCGAGCCUACAGCAACCUCAGGCUCAAGGAGAGCGACUGCCCCUCACUGACAAGGUACUUCAAGCUGCAGUUUUUCUACGUCCCGGUGAAGAGGAGCUGCUUGGCUCCCUCGACCCCCCUGAUGCAUCAUCCCUCCCCAGCCCUGGGGGACCCACAGCUCCGGGCACAGGAUCCCACCUCGGCUGGGAUGGAGAGCAGCACUAACGACAUCUCCCACUACAUCGGCGUGUUGGACCCAUGGUACGAGCGCAACGUUCUUGGGCUGAUGAACCUGCCCAUGGAUGUCCUGUGUCAGUCUGCCAAGCCGGAGGCUGAGCCCCAGGAAGACUCCCAGGAGCAGCUGCCCAUCCUGGCAGACAUGAUCCUCUACUAUUGCCGCUUUGCCACACGCCCCGUCCUGCUGCAGCUCUACCAGACAGAGCUCACCUUCAUCGGGGGAGAAAAGAUGACCGAAGUCUUCAUCCAUUCCCUCGAGCUGGGCCACUCAGCAGCCACACGGGCCAUCAAGGCAUCAGGUCCAGGCAGCAAAAGGCUGGGCAUAGAUGGAGACAGGGAAGCAAUCCCAUUAACACUACAGAUUGCCUACAGCAAGACAGCUGUCAGUGGAAGAAGUCACUGGAAUGAUGUUGAGAAGGUCUGCACGUCUGUCAACCUUAGCAAAGCCUGCAAGAAGUAUGAAGAACUUGCCUCAAAGACAGAGUGUCUCAACUUAACCAUGACAGAGGUGGUCAAAAGGCAAAACUCCAAAUCCAAAAAAAGUUUCAAUCAGAUCAGCGUGUCCCAGAUAAAAGUAGACAAGGUCCAGAUUAUUGGUGUCCAGUCCUCCUUCGCUGUGUGCCUGGACCAGGAUGAGCAGAAGAUCCUGCAGAGUGUAACCAGGUGUGAGAUCUCUGUGUGCUACAAACCCAGGGACAGUGAUCCCUUUGCACUGAGAGGGUGCUCUCUGCCUGCCCAGGACCCCUCUGAGUUCCACUCUCUCCUGUGUUUACCCAUUGCCACCUUCAGUGGAGCACUGCCUUGAAGACCCCUGUGUCCUUCCAGACCAGACUCCCAUCCAACACCAAUCCAGGCUCAGGAAAAGGAAGCUGACUGUCCUUCUUUGGACACCCAGCUGUGCUCAUCCAAGAUGUCCUGUAGCUGAAGUGUUAUUGUGGUGGCUUAGCCCAUCCUUGGGAAAUGGGAACGUUGGUGGUGUGCUCUGGUAUCUCUCAGGGUUCCUCAGCAAUGGGAGGAAAGUGCUUUCCUUGAGAUCUCCAGCUGGUUCAGCCAACUGGCAACACCUGGGUGAAGAGGGCAAGGCAAGGACAGGGGGAUUUUCCUGCCAGCAAAAGGUGCUGUGGCUGUGUUUGACAGUGACUGCAAGGCCAGUGGGAUCUGGGGUGGGGAAAGUGAGCUCACGGGGGGGAUAUUUUGGCAAGUGAAUGUCCUUGGCUGAGUGGUGGUGGGUGUCCUGCAAUGUGUGUGGAGUUACAGAUCACCCAGCCGGUGCCAUUUCACCUGUGACAGGUCGAGGAUGCUCAGGGCACUUCUUUGGGGAUGGGGAUGGGCUUUCUCAAGGUUUUCUUUAAAUUCUGAAGGUUGGGUGUCUUGCAGACAAGCAGAGCAACCCAGCUGCAGCCCAGCAGGCCCCCAGCACGGGCUGUAAGCUGCUGUGUGUUCCAGUGAAUUGAGUGCCAUAGGCCAUUCCAGGGCAUGGACAGCAUGCCAUGUAUCCGUGUAUUUAAUGGACAUCCAGGACCUGCAGGAGAGGAGUUUCCAAUUUCUGCAGAAUUUCAGCAUUCACCCAUGAGUAUUCCCUGUUCAUCCCCUGGUCUUGCUUCCUGCUCCCCAGCACCGUUUGCUGGAGGCACCCCAGAGGCUGAAUCCUCAGUAGCUCCUUGGAAUGCAUCAGGAACCAUGCUGAACUCAGGGAGGGAGGGAAGCACUAGGGAAACCACUAGGAUUGCCUUAAGCUCACCUGAAGAAGCACCUUUGAUAGAGAAAGACCCAGCACCAGAACCACUAAUGACACUCACAAGGAAUAAUAGGAUUUGAGAUCCCUCUCCCUGGCAAAAGGCAUUCUUCCCUCCUCCUUCUCUCUGCAAGGCUGUAGGUACAGAAAGGUGCAAUAUUUGGGGGUAUUUAGAGGUAUUCUGACCCAGUGAGCAAAAAAAUAAGACUGGAAGAGCCUUUCCAGGUUUCAUAGCCCUCGAGCUGUUUCUUGGUAGUUUUUGGGGGUUGUACUGGAGAUAAAGAGGAAGAAGAGCAUGCUCCCUGCUUCAGGAUCUUGAUGCCAAGGACAUGUGCUCCCUGGAAAUGUCUGAAAGGGGCCCCCAGUACUGCUGGGGGGCUGCAGGGUUCAGCCAAAGUGUGAUGGGUCAGGUGUGUGUGGAUUCCCCCAUAUCUCCUGGAUGUGUUUAGGGAAUCCCUCCUGUGCCAUCAGCUCUGGUCCUGGCCCUGCUGGCUGCUGGUCCUGCUUUCUGCUCCCACUGUGUGGCUGGGGACAGCUUGGUGACACUUGGAGUGGGGGGUCACACCCUUGGGGUCACCCCAGGGGUGACAUCGUGGUCCUUGCUGGCUCUGGUGUCCUCAGCAGUUGUGUGUAACUUCUGCCAGUGGCCAGAGAUGAGCAAAUACGAGACAUGAACACGCUCCUGAGGCCUCUGUGCUCCAUCCUUCUACUUGAAUCAGCCAUCCCAAGGAUGGUGUUGCCUUGGGGACUCCAAGAAAAGACCCUCAUGUGGGGUGAAGGAUCCAUUGAACGUGAACAUCGAACAGCUCUGGCUCCCCCAGGAUGCAGAGCCAGCUUGGACUCCCAGCAAGGACCCACCUUCCCCAGCCAUGCAGCGACUCCAGGAGCACCCAUCUCUUCCUGCAUGGAGCAGUGUCCAUCCCUCACUCUCAGCACAGGCUUGGCAGGUCGUGCUGGGCUGUCUCCUCCCUCACAGGCUGCCUGCAGGGUGAGGCAGGACCACUGAGGUCACUGCUGUGCACUCCUCUGCAUCACUAUUCUAAACCCAACAGGCUCGAGGGAUCAGAAACAGAUUUUAAUGGCUCUUUCCAUGCACUUGGAAUAAGUUUUCUUCACUGACUUUUCAUUUCCCAGGCAGGUUUGUGUGUGUUUUCUCCAAUGGGGCUGAAAUUUGACAGCUGGUUAUUGUUGUUCAAUACUUUAAAAUAGCACCUUAUCCUGUCAAAACAUUGCUAUUUGUGAUCUUGAUAUCCAUGGCUAAAUAUAUCCCUGCCACUGGUAUGGUAUAAACCACUCUGGUUUCAGCUGGCCCUCCAGGAAUACUGGAGAAGAGAAUUUCCAACCCAUAGAGGAAAAACAAGCACAAACUCUAAGGACUCAUAAUCCUGGCCAAGGUUUUGACCUCUGAUGCU